AAAAAUGCUAUCAAAUCCACAGCUCAUUCACCAAAAAUGUCAUGUUCAUAGAUCAGCAUUAUUGUAGCCAAGAAUGGUCCUACUAGUGUGUACUAAUAUCAUCUGAAUCUGCGAGUCAUGCUUAUGGAAAUGAGAUAAAAUUCUAGGUGUUUCGUUGAACUUUUUCCCUUGUAUGUUUCAGUCAUUUAUUUCUAGAAAGGAAAAUAAAUCAAAUCUGUAUUUUAUGGGUAUCUUUAUUAUUUGAUGCAGCAAUAAAGUAGCUGAGUUUAAUGACAACUCUUGGUAAGUCUGUUCAUUAGUCAUUUUCAUCCACUUUUAUUCCAUUGCAAAACAUGAAACAAUGACACUGAUGUGGUGUUUGUUGAAUUAAAUAUGUGAAAUAAAUGUUGUUGAUUUUGUUUUGUUUUAUGCAUGAGAGGUUCGGAAACUGAGGCAGAAGCAAAGACUAGUUGAUGAGUUCUUGGAGAAUUCAUGUGUUUUGUAGAAUUCAGAGAAGAAGAAAUUAUGAACCUGUAUCAGCUGAAUCAGAUAGAAUUUGAGUUAAGUUUGGAAGGACAAUGAAAGAAUUUGAGUUUGAUAAGGUUUUUUUAAUCAAGAAACAACUCAAGGUUAGUGUCAAAUUCCAUUUUGUUGUGUUAGGUAAUUUUAAUUAUUUGAUUUUAGUACCAAAUUUUACUCUGUUAAAUAUAGUCUAAACAACUGCCGGAAAUGUUUUUGUUGAGGUGGAAUCAAUUCUAAGGUCUGCAAUGGAAAGGCAGAAUGUAUGCGAUUUCAUUUUUGGUCAAACCGACAUAAGCAAAACAUUUACCAUGGUCAGUGAUGUCAAAAUUGUGUACAUACUGUGUUAAUCGCUGCUCAAAGUGUGCCAGUGUAGCAAUAGUGAAUACAGAGUUACAGCAUGAUUAGAUACAUUACAGCUCCAACCCUUUUGAAGCCUUUUCCAUGAUGCAAUGGAUAUGUUUUUGAAAAGUGGCAGAUGAAAAUGGUUUUGAAAAGUGGUAGAUGUUAAUGAUUUUUGAAAAACAGGUUUGUUUAUUUGUUAGCGGAAGACCAUUUUCGAUGAGAAAGAGAAUCUUAAAUGAAAGAGACUUACAACCUUGCAUACAAAUAUUUUUAUAUAUUUGAAGACAAAGCAAAACCAGGUCUUUUAACCAUUGUAUCGGUCUGGUUUAUUAGGAAACAACAAAGAAAAAAUGUGAAGAUGUCAUUUCCAAUCUUGAAAGGAUUUGUGCCUCUCAACACUGAUCAACUUUACGGGAUGCUUGCAAACAUUAAGGAAGAACCACGUGAUGUUACUGAGCAUGCUCCAGCAGAAGUUUUGUUUCCUGAGAUUAAUGUUUUACUGAAAGAAGUCAAAAAGGAAAGAGAAGCUGGGGAACCUUCCAAUGCGAAUAACAGUGUUGGAGGGUUGCCGAAAGAGUUCUCUUGGUUGAAAGAAAUCAGCAAGUCUGGGAAGAGAGGCAACCAAGUAUUUCAUUUCCGAGCUGAAGCGGUACAUAAGGUUCUCCGUCCCGACAUUACUUCGUCUCUUAUUCGGGAUUUUGACACGGGUGAGCAUCUUCCAUGUAAGAUAAUCAAAUCAAACAAGUCAAAUAUGGAAAUGUAUCUUGGAAAAGGAUGAUAUUCUUUUGCUAAAUUCAAAAAGCUGAAAGCUGGAGAUAAGCUUCAUUGCAUAUACAGAUUAGAGGAAGCAAUUUUGUAUGUCAGGUUGUAGAGAAAAGGAAAAUAGAAGGACAUUUGGAGUUGAUAAAUGUAAGAUGUUUUGUUAAAUCUUUUAGUAAUAUCUUUUAUAAUAAUAUUUUGAGUGACAAAACGGGUCCGGUCCGUUGAGCAUAUCAUUCUGCCGGCUCUUUUGUGCGGGACAUAUCAAGGAUUUAGACUCUCACAUUCUAAUGUUCGUUAUGUAUUUUUUUUGCGGGUUUAUACGGGCAUGUGAAUUAACACAAUUUUA